AAUUUGGAUGUCUCUUUAUAUAAUAAUCUUAAUCUCCCUUUUCAUCAUCAUCAUUUACCAAGUUAGUUGUAUACACCUCACACACUUUCCCCUUUGCCCUCUUUUAUCUUUUUUACUUGCAGAGAUUACUUACUUCACUGUGCUCGCUCUCUAGCUCUAGUCUCCCCUUCUCCUAAACAAAGUUUCCUUCUUACGCUCUCCUGUGUUCCUCUUUAGAUAUAUCUCAUCCGAGGUUUCUCGAUCUCUUUUUUUUUCUUUUUCUUUGAGGGGGUAGAUAAGAGCCAAUAAUGGGUGUUCUUGAUCAUGUCUCUGAGAUGUUUGACUGCUCUCAUGGCCACAAGAUUAAAAAGCGCAAACAGCUGCAGUCGGUGGAGAUCAAAGUGAAGAUGGACUGCGAAGGUUGCGAGAGGAAAGUUCGGCGUUCCGUCGAAGGCAUGAAGGGUGUCUCUUCUGUCACGUUGGAACCCAAAGCCCAUAAAGUCACUGUCGUCGGCUACGUCGAGCCCAACAAGGUGGUUGCCCGUAUGGCUCACAGGACCGGCAAGAAGGUCGAGCUCUGGCCAUACGUACCCUACGACGUUGUGGCUCAUCCUUACGCAGCUGGCGUCUACGACAAGAAGGCUCCUUCCGGUUAUGUCCGCAGAGCUGAUGACCCCGGAGUGUCUCAGCUUGCUCGUGCUAGCUCCACCGAGGUCCGCUACACUACUGCUUUUAGCGACGAGAACCCGGCAGCUUGUGUGGUCAUGUGAUGAUCUUGUUGUACCCACCGUUUCAAUUUCUCUUUAUGGAUUAAUAUUGUUAUUGCUGUCUUGUUUUUGUAUAUUAAUUCCAUAACCCAUAUGGUGUGUAGCUUUCUUUUCUUUUUUGGGUUCUAUGUGUUAUGUGUACACUCUUUUAAUAUCAUUGUAAUAUUUGUUUUUCUUCUU